AUGGACCACUCUUGCGACGCAUGGGAGGGUGAUUCUUCAAUCAUACCCAUCGCCGAACUACCCAGUCCAUGUAGACAAUUCUUCAUGAAGUUCCACGUUCGUUUCACAUAUCCUCCGUCCGAUCUCACGGACGACGAUGGUGAUGAUGAUUCUGAAGAUGAUUUUGAUCGCUUAGAGUGCCAUACACGUUGUAUGCAAUUCUGGGUUCCAUGUGACCGAUUGAUAUGUGACGACAACAAUACAUCAUGGUCCACAAUAUCAUCCAUGCUCUGUGACCUAGGUAUCCCCUUGCAUGUUCAGCCUUUCAUGAUUCAUCGCAUCCUUAAAUCUGCCGAAUCAAUGGUGAAACAAAAUCUCAGGGAAAAAAAAGUUCUGCCCAUGAUAGUGUCUAUAGACGUAGUGGCCUGUGCGGAAGACGAAGAAGAAUAUACAAUGGAAUUGAGGCAAGUACCGGCUAGUGACGCAUCCGUGGAGGCGUUGGAGAAGGUGAAAGUCGAAAAUUGGGGUACUGGGAUGAAAUGUGUGAUAUGCUUGGAGGAGCUUUUGGUUGGUUUGGAGGCAACCCGAAUGCCUUGCUCUCAUGUUUUCCAUGGCGACUGCAUUCUUCGUUGGCUCCGAGUUAGUAAUUUCUGUCCACUAUGCCGCUUUCAGAUGCCCAUCAGCAGUUGCGUUGAUACUUGA